CCCCGUCUAGUCUGUUUCCGCUUUUUCUUAGUUUUCUCUCAGAAUCUUUGAACUCCCUGAAGAACUUUUGAUCUGGUGGUGGAGGUACAACUUAUUAGAAGGAAACCCUACAUGGACAAUCCGCCGGAGAUAGACGGAGACGACACCUCAGAGGUCCUCGACGAGCCGUAUCCAGCCCCGGUAACGAGCAAUGUGCCCGAGGGUGACGUGGAAGUGAGCUCUCAACCCCCGGAGUUCAUCACUUCUAGGCGAAUCAAGGAAGCGCACGCAAGGCGGAAGGUUGACACAGACGGGAGGGAAAGGAAAGACGAGAAGGGAAGACAAGAGAAGGGCAACCGUAUCAUGGAAGGCAUCCAGUCGACUAUGUUAGUCUCAGUGGCUGUCGUCGUCGUGGUCGGACUGAUAAUUGCCAAAAUUGCCAUAGCCAGGAGAAUCGUUGGAUCCUGAACUGUUCUCCUUAGGUCUUUUGUGAUGUAAAUAUCAUGAUAAUGUCCGAGGUUUGGAUAGUUAGCGCCUUAGGGGUGGCAGUGUAAUUUCCAAAACAUUUGAUCGACCUGGACUUGGUCUGCCUCAUCGUGUGAAUAAUACACACUAAAUCCCUACCUAA